UAAAAAAACGAAACUACCACUGACACUGACGCGGCCGCAAUGAAUGCUGGGAUAGCGGGUAGCAUAGGUCAGAGAAGCUCCAAAAUGUCGGCUGUUGGGUUGACGUCCUUGAGCCGCUGUACAGUUUCGGCACUCCGCUGUCAUACAGCACUGGGGGCGGUGCGAUGUGCUCAAACAGCAGCAGCUCCAGCAGCUCAGCCCAGAAUAAAAAAGUUUCAGAUUUACCGAUGGGACCCAGACACUCCAGGAGACAAACCUCGCAUGCAGACCUAUGAGAUUGACCUCAACACUUGUGGCCCAAUGGUUCUUGAUGCACUCAUCAAGAUAAAAAAUGAGAUGGACUCCACCCUGACCUUCCGCCGCUCCUGCAGAGAGGGUAUUUGUGGAUCGUGUGCCAUGAACAUUAAUGGAGGAAACACACUUGCUUGUCUAAACAGGAUCGAUACCAACCUGAACAAGCCAUCAAAGAUCUACCCUCUGCCACACAUGUAUGUGGUCAAAGAUCUAGUGCCUGACAUGAGUAACUUCUACGCACAGUACAAGUCUAUUGAACCCUACCUGAAGAAGAAGGAUGAGACCAAGGAGGGGAAAGAACAGUACCUGCAGACUGUGGAAGACCGACAAAAACUGGACGGACUGUACGAGUGCAUCCUGUGUGCCUGCUGCAGCACCAGCUGCCCCAGUUACUGGUGGAACGGAGACAAAUACCUUGGACCUGCUGUGCUCAUGCAGGCCUAUCGCUGGAUGAUUGAUUCACGUGACGAGUUCACAGAGGAGCGUCUGGCCAAGCUGCAGGAUCCGUUCUCCCUCUACCGCUGCCACACUAUCAUGAACUGCACCAAGGCCUGUCCAAAGGGGCUGAACCCUGGGAAAGCGAUAGCUGAGAUCAAGAAGAUGAUGGCCACGUACAAGGAGCAGCGGGCGAUUGCCUGAAGCUUUGAAUGUCAACCCUGGCGUUGAACUUUUCCAUCCAUGAUUAAAGUAUGUAUUGUAUAAAGGAAUUGAUCGCUUUCUCAGGUCUGCUGUACACUAAGUUGACUCGGCCGCCACCAUCCUGUGUGAAUACAUGUGUUUGUGUCUCUUUUUUUUUGGGGCUGUGAGAACAAAUCCAAACGUUCAAGAAUGAUUGGCCGUAGUGAGCAAAAUGUCAAAGGUCACCACUCAACUCAAGAGUCAAAACCAUGUGUUGAUCAUGGAACAAGUGUGUGUGGAUGGAUGUGUGGAGUGGUGUGAAUAGAGAACUUGUUGGUAUAUAAACGCACAUGUACAGUGUGAAUGCAGAGAAGAGUGUGUGUGUGUGUGUGUGUGUGUGGCUGAGUCUUACAUGUACCACCACAACAACAGUAUUUAUUCAUUUUGUUUUCAUUCAAUAUGAGACGUGACAUUUUGCCAAUACUGUCCUUACACAGAUUAAAAAAAAAGUUCUUCAGAUUUUUUUUUGUCAGUUUACGUCAGUAAAUACGGGCACAAACCAAUCACACACGAUGUAUUUGUUCCCACAGAUCAAAAAGAGCAUGGAUUGUAAUUAUGUGAAAGUAAAAAUAAAGGGAUUGAAUCGAUCUUGUUGUUUAUUAAAAGUCAUAAACAGC